UAAUACUCUUAUUCUCUCCCACAAGCUUCCUUCUCUCUCUCUACAGUUCAAGUAGGUUAAUGAGUGUGAGCGAUCCAUCCUUGGGCAAGGUUUGGCUAAGGAGAUCCAUCGAUCACAAAGAGCCUAAGUUGCCGCGUGGUCUCGGUCCCGAGCACCGGCCCAUGACACUUUCCUAUAUCGUCUAUCAGAGACCAAACUGUCCCUAGAAAGACCUUCUCCGUUUAGUGUGGCAAGCAACUUCCUCGUUCUUGCUUCCCCUGUCCUCUUCGAGUUGUCUCGAGCGGAAAUGUCUAACGGAGGCUCUGACGGCCCCUGGCCGUGGUUGUGGCAUGCUAAAGAAACGAAUGAUGCAAUUCCUAGAGCUACCACGACUCUGCUCGUCAUAGCAAUCACAGCUUUUAUUUUUUUCGCUUGGUUCAGGAGGCGAAAAAACACGAUGGGUCCAUUGCCGCCGGGGCCUCGAGGUGUGCCGUUCCUCGGUUACCUCCCAUUCCUAGGGACCCAUCUCCACCAGAAGUUCUCCGAAUUGGCUGAGACAUAUGGCCCCAUCUACAAACUCCAGCUCGGAAGCAAGUUAUAUAUUGUGGUUAACUCCGCUUCGCUGGCCAAAGAAAUCGUGCGGGACCAGGACAUGAUGUUCGCCAAUCGGGACCCAAAUAUUGCUGCUGCCAUCGCAACAUAUGGCGCAAGGGAUAUUGCCUUCUCAAGCCAGGGGCCUUAUUGGAGGAAUCUCCGCAAACUGUUCGUACGACAGAUAAUGAGCAACGGGAGCCUCGAAGCCUGUUAUGAUUUGAGAAGGCGGGAAGUCAGGAAAGCUCUGAGUGAUCUCUAUAGAAAAUCGGGGGUCCCAGUAGAUAUCGGCGAAUGGGCCCUUCUGAUCUUGAUUAACGCGGUGAUGGCGAUGCUGUGGGGUGGGACGCUUAAGGGAGAGAAGUGCGAAGCCAUGGGUGCCGAGUUUCGAAAGGUGGUGGCCAGACUCAUGGUGCUCCUAGGUAGUCCGAAUGUUUCAGACUUUUUCCCAGCACUAGCUUGGCUUGACCUGCAAGGAGUGGAAAGGGACAUUAAAAGGGUGCAUCAGUGGCUUGAUGCCUUUCUUCAGUCUGUUGUAGAUUGUGCCACUGAAGGAAGAACAAAUGAACUGUUUCAGCAGAAGGAAGGAGAACCAAAAACCAAUGAACAAAAAAAGGACUUUUUGCAGAUUUUCCUGGACAUGGAGAUGGACCUUGAAGAUGAUCUGUCAACAAAGGACAAGAAUGGAGCACUCAAAGCCAUUCUUACGGACAUCGUGAUUGGUGGAACUGAUACAACUUCAACAAUGGUCGAGUGGGUGAUGACAGAGUUGCUGCUGAACCGAAAUGUGAUGAACAGAGUAGUCCACGAAUUGACAGAAGUUGUAGGAAACGAUAAGAUGGUCGAAGAGCACCAGUUGCCCAAAUUAAAGUACCUCAACGCUGUCAUCAAGGAGGCAUUUCGCUUGCACCCGGCGCUGCCCUUAUUGGUACCUCGGACCCCAGACUCUACCUGUGCCAUUGGGGGUUACACAAUACCGAAAGGCAGCAACAUAUUCUUGAACAUGGGUUAUAUCCACAAGGACCCCAAGAUUUGGGACAAACCAUCAGACUUUCGACCCGAGAGGUUCUUGGAAGAUCCCAGCGAGUAUGAUCUGUCAGGUAACAACUUCAUGUACAUGCCUUUCGGGUCCGGUCGGAGGAUAUGUGCGGGGCUUCCACUGGCAGAGAGGAUGUUAGCGUAUGUCUUGGCCUCUCUUUUGCAUUCGUUUGAGUGGGAACUUCCCCUAGGGACGGAGCUGGAGCUAUUGGACAAGUUUGGGAUUGUGGUCAAGAAAAUGAAUCCCCUGGUUGCCAUUCCUAGACCGAGACUGUCUACUCCAGAGCUCUACAUGUCCUGAUAUAUUAUCCUGCCAGUAUAUUUUGUGAUAAGAUAAAGAAUUUCUAUUGUCUAUUUGGUUCUUCAGGUCGAUGCAGAAGAUGAAAUUAUGUAUUUUCAAGAGCAGAAAGCUUCGGGUCUUGCAUAUAUAUUUGACUAAGAAUUUCUCGAGGAGGCGGUCC